AAGAUAUCCAAAUAAGUCUAUUCAUCAUGGCUGAACCAGCACACCAAGAGAUCAACACCAGCAAUGAGCCCAAACUCGUUGAGUCUGAGACUAAGCUCGCCACCGAGCCAGCAGCUUUAAAGGAAGAGUCAGCCAAGGAAACUCCAGCUGAGGGUUCUACCUUGACCGAGCAAGCUACUGCUGCCGCAUCCACUGCCGCCGCGACUGUCACUUCUGCCGCUACUGGUAUCACUGAUAAUGUUUUCUCGAUGUUCGGUGGUGGAGCCAAGAAGGAGAAGAAAGAGGAUGAGGACCGAGGAGAUAACUCAGGAUCUGCCAAGGCACAAAAAGCCGCUGCUGCUGAAGAGAACCCAGAGGAUGAGGCCCCAGAAUCCGAGGAUGUUCACUUCGAGCCGGUUAUUCGUUUGACCGAGAAAGUCGAUGUUAAGACCAACGAGGAACUCGAGGAGCAAACCUUCAAGAUGCGCGCUAAGCUCUUCAAGUUCGUCAAGGAUACUCAAGAGUGGAAGGAGCGUGGUACUGGUGAUGUUCGAUUCUUGAAGCACAAGGAGAACGGAAAGACCAGAUUGGUCAUGAGACGAGACAAGACUUUGAAGGUCUGCGCCAACCACUAUGUCGUUCCUGACAUGAAGUUGUCUCCAAACGUUGGCAGUGAUAGAAGUUGGGUCUGGAAUGCCGCCGCAGAUGUUAGUGAGGGCGAGCCAGAAGCACAAACUUUGGCUAUCCGUUUUGCCAACUCCGAGAACGCGAACCUUUUCAAGGAGGCUUUCAUCAAGGCUCAACAAGAGAACGAAGUUUUCUUCAAGGCCUAAACGAUAGAUUCGUCCUCGUAUUUACUUCAACUUUCCAAAACGACUCCUCAAUCGACACAGCAUAAUCCAGCACAGCACGUUUCCUGAAGGAAUGAAUUUAUGAUCAUAUUUGCAUUAAAACGCAUUUCUUCCAUACCCCGUUAACCAUUUACGCGCACGUUGUCGAAAACCUCUUUUGUAAACAUCGGCAAAUCGAUACCUAGACAUUCUGGUGGUCCAGGUUUUCCCAAAGAUUGUAUCAUGAUGAUGAUGACGAUGGUGGAGGAUAGGAAGGCUUGAUUAGUACUCAAUUUUGAGACUAUGGCAUGUAGUUAGACUAAAAAUACCAGUCCUUCAUUCAUCCCCAAA